CUCCUGUUUACAUAUUAUCACUACGUUUAGGUUGUAGUUGAAGUUGCGAUUGCACAACAUUUGGCUGGGAAAGGAACUAAAGUGAUUUUCGAACGCUACAAUUAUACAGAGAUAGUGUAAUACGCAUCACAACAAAUAAAUAAUGGCUUGUUUACGUGCAGACAGUACAGACCCAAAGCCGCACAUAGAAAUUGUUGGGUUGAUUAAAGAACCCCACUUUUAUGUUGCCAAGAGUAUCACACAGGGACUUAUUCAGAAGUUUCCUCGCAAGUUUGUGGAGCCAACAAUUCGACCGUUACUUGAAUUUGACUGGCAUGCUUACCUAUGCAACCAGAAGAGGGAGUUACGUGGCGUAGUAUGGGAGUUCUCCAGCAGCGUCAUGUGUUUUCUGGAUGGUCAUUUCAUUGGAGAUGAGGGGGCUCUUGCCACUUGGGCCGAGAACCAGUGGGGCUUCACGUGCACACCUCCGCAGGCUUCCUGUGUGAAAGAACACUACCUGAAACACCUCCAGUCAUCUGGGCAUAGGUUUGUCUUCAUGGAUGUCGAGAUUGGAGGAGAGCCUGUGGGGACGUUGUUGUUUGAGCUAUUCUCAGAUGUAUGCCCAAAGACAUCAAUGAACUUUGAGGCUCUCUGCACAGGAGAGCGAGGCCUUUCAACCGGCGGCUACCCGCUCUGCUACAAGGGCUCGCUGUUCCAUCGCGUAGUACCCAAAGGCUGGGUGCAAGGCGGAGAUAUUUCCCCAGGCAGUAGAGGAAAUGGAGGGGAGUCUAUCUAUGGACCAACCUUUGAAGAUGAGAGCUAUGCUAAUUCUCACUCAAAGCGGGCAAUUCUCGGAAUGGCCAAUAAGGGCCCCCACAGCAAUGGCUCCCAGUUCUACAUCACCCUGCAGUCAACGUUAUGGAUGGACAGAGCAUACGUUCCUUUUGGUCAAGUGGUUGAGGGUGUGGAUGUCCUCAAGAGAAUAGAGGAGAUCCCGACUGUCAAUCAGAGACCCAAGCAUGAAUGUAGAGUGGUAAACUGUGGUGUGCUUGAGGUAUAGCUGCUGUUAUAUGAAAAAC